UAACUUAAAGACUACUCCGGUAUUUUCGAAUUACAGCUGUCAUUUUUAGUCCGAAGACUCGAUCAUCGCCUGUCAUACUCGAAUAUCCACCAUCAAGCAUUGGUCUCACAGAUUUCCAGUUUGCCCGAUAUACAGACUCACGCACUUCGCCACUGUUGUGUGAUUCUCCGAUGAAAAUCUAGUCGUGCUGCCUCAAUUCUCGGCAGCCUGCAUUGUCGAUCGACUUCACUUCUCAGCUGCUGUCUCACUCUUGGUUCAACAUCGGAUUCGGAUAACUGAACGAGUAUAUUCACGUGGACAUUCGCCGAAUCCAAGACUCCAUCAUUAUCACAGCACCGUUGCAAUCACGCUUGCUUCAGCAAUAAGCAAUAGGAAUCAUGAGUGGGCUAAUACCGCUGCUACUACCAACUUCUGCGGGGUGUAAAUCAACAAUUGGUUCAACUAUUGGUUCUACUACAGAGAUAAACCGAAGAACGUCACCGGCUCCAUCUUCAUCUUCAUCUUCGUUUUCAUCCCCACCAUCAUCCCUAAUUCAUCGCCGGCAGCAGUCUCUACCAGCUAUUAGGACAGCAAGGCGAGGUUCUCUUAUCCCACCACCUGCCUUGCCCAUUAUUCCAUCCACCUCAUCAGAAUGGAAGAAUACUAUAGAUGAGGUCAAGCGAAAGUAUCUUAACCACAAGUACCGGGCAUGCUCAACAAGAUGCUGCGAGAUUAUAGAUAACCUCAAAGACACAUCUAACGUGGAGCCUCUAUACCUAAUUUAUUUACACUUCUAUGCCGCGUCCUCUUUCGAGCUUUGCGCCAGGCCACUAUCGUGCUCAUCCACUUACCGCACCAGGUUACUUAGCGAUGCCGAGAUUCACUAUAGUAAGGCCGAGACGUUGAUCCAGAACACGGAGGAAAACAUAACUCGAAAGACAAGGUCUGCCUCGUCAUGCUCUACUACUUCCAGUCUACACUCCCCGGGAUUGUCGCCUAGUGUACGAUCAUCAGGCUCAAGCACGACAUUCUCAUCACCUAGGACCUCGGUAUGUUCAACGGGAGACGAGGCCGUGAUAAAGCCAAGCCCGAAACCAGUGGUCAAGGCUAAGAAGAAGGUCUCUUUUUCCGGACUAACCGAUCUAAUCGAGUUCCAACCCGAACCAUAUAUUCGCCCAGACAGCCCUACCUUGGGAUGGGAGGAUGACAUCUUUCCUCACCACUCGGAUAGCUCUCUUCCCCUAUUCUCAGCAAAUAAGUUGAAGUCGGCACCUUUAUCGAAAUCCGAGUCCAAAGAACAAGAACCAGAACCAUCUUUCGAACCACAACCUACAAUACCAGAGCGCCCCAUACCUCGUGAUUCCCAAUCCGCGGAGGAGUUGAGCAUCGUGGACGACAAAUUCGAUCUCGACGCAUUCUUGCAGACACGUUCAAUGAAUAGGAUGUGCGCACAGCUUUCGGCCUUACGUUCGCAAAUCUCAUGGCAUCGCGACGGAGUUCAGGCUUUACUUGCUGAACCUAACGAUACACCGGAGAUACCUGCGUCAGCAUCAUCAGGAGACGUUUCCCCUAUACCUUCGUCGCCCCUUGGUGCGAUGCGAUUAACUCGUGCGAAUACCCUGCCCGUUGAGGUCGGAUCGGACUCGCCACCGUGGACAGCCCCUGGUCAGCGAGACCGUUUCACCGACUCGCCAGGUCCAGAUAGUCCUAGAGUGAUCAGUCGACCGGCGUCCGCGGCCUCAGCCAUACGCUGCACCGACGAAGCUCUAAAGCAACGUAUAGAGCGCCUGCGCGCCAACGGCUGGCAAAGAAAGCGAUUCGAUAGCAGACGGUACGAAGCCCUGCGAGAACAGGUCCUUGGUGAACUUGCAUAGGAUGCUCUUCGCACUAAGUACCUUAUCCGACAGCGCAAAUCCGGGCUUAGACACUGAAUAGGCAUUGUUAGUUUCAUAUGACCUUGACUAUGCCUAGUUA